CCACGAGGCGGGGCGCCGUUGCUCACCGGCCCAUGCCGGGCCCCCGAGCCCCGCGAAGGAGGCGGGACCGUCCGCGACAGGACAGGGCAGCCACCUUCUCCAGCAGCCUAAGAUCCGUGAAGAAAAAUUGCAUCCCUCUUCUCCUCCUCCCCACUUUCCUCACCAUCAAACCCCAGCAUCUGCCAGUGCCUGGCACAGAGCUGUUGAUGCCCAAUAAAUGUUUCCUGACCGGAUACAUGAACGAACCAAGUCUAUGAGCAGGCUCCCUGCGGACCACUCAGCCAGCCCAGAUUCCCUUCCCCGGAGCUGCACCCAACCAUGGAGAGCCUGAGUGAACUACAGAAUCCGCUGCUGCCUCGGAGCCCCGCCCACCUCCAUGGCCCCUACCCCUACCCCGAGGCCUCGCCCAGCUGGUCGUGCCAGGAGAAGCUCUACUCCUUCCUCCUGGGCGGGGCUGGCCCUGCUCACGCUCACCAGUUCCUGGACCCAGGGUCCCUGCAGCUGGCCGUGGAGGCCUGGUACAGGCCUAGCUGCCUCUUGGGGAGGGACACGGUCAAGGAGCCCAGGGCAGGCAGCUGUGAGACCAGCUUCACAGAGAGCAGGGAGUCCCAGGCUGGGCCCACAGAACCUGGCCAGGUAGAAGAGGAUGUCACCAUCCAGACUGUGUCCUAUGGGGUUCAAGAGGAGCUGCAAGGACAGGAAGAUGACCAGGAGGAGGACGAGGAGAGUGACGCAACCUCUACAGAGAGUGAGAGUGAAGACAGCUUCUUCACGCUGCCUCCAAGGGACCACCUGGGGCUUACUAUCUUCUCCAUGCUCUGCUGUUUCUGGCCACUGGGCAUUGCCGCCUUCUACUUCUCCCAGGGGACCAGCAAGGCCAUCUCCAAGGGGGACUUCCGCCUGGCCAGCACCACCUCCCGCAGAGCCCUCUUCCUGGCCACACUCUCCAUUGCUGUGGGGGCUGGUCUCUAUGUGGCUGUGGUGGUGGCUCUGGCAGCUUACAUGUCCCACAGUGGUCAUGGCUAGCGGCCAGUCGGGUCUAGCAUCCUGACUCCCCUGCUCCACCCGAGGGGGCAGCGGGGCUUGAGGUUGCAGACCCUCUGGAAAGCCCUGCCCCUGAAGACAAGCCGUGAGGGCGGCUUGUUCGGGGACGCCUCCCAGGCUGCCGCCUGCAGUGCUCAACCUUUCCUUCCUCUUGCCCACUGCCCCAAGCCCCAGACAGGGCCAGGGGCGCCACUCUCCAGCCCGGGCUGUGUCGGGAAGCAGGAGAGGGUAGAGCUGCCCACCCACACCAACCAGGCAGGGCCCACAUCUGGUUUGAUGCCAGCGGGGAGCUCAGCCCAUUCUGCCCACUCCUUAGAGUGACUCUGAGCUCAGGCAGCCCACUACCCAACCCCACCAGCCUCUCCACGGAGAAAGAGCCGGGGGGGGGGGGGUGGUUACAGGGAGGGAAAGGGAUACCUGGGGGGCAAGGGGCCUGGCCCAGUCCUUUCAGUUCAUAGGAGUCUCCACCCUGGGGACACCUGAGCCCCUCCAUUUCCACUCUCUGGCUUCAUCAUGCCCAAACCCCAGCCAGCCAGGAGGGAAAUACACGGAGACACGGGGGCCCCUUGCUCUUUCUGGCUCUGGCCGGUGCUUAUCUUUCCCCAGGGCUUGUAAGAUACUAUAAAUUCUAGACAGAGGAGUCUCAGGCAUGUAAAACUCUGCACCAAGCCCAGGUCCUUGGAGCUUCCCUGUGCAGGAACAAAAGGCAGAUGUGGUGACAGAGGUCCCGAAGUAUCACCGGACCACGUGGGGCUCCACACUCUGCCCCUGAUCCCCGCUCCCAUCAUCCUUCUCUGGCCUCCUCCUGGGGGGCCCUGAGAGGGCACCCUCCCAGGGAAGUGGAGAGAGAGUGCUGUCAGCAGCCCGCCAGCCGCUGAGCACAGGGCCUUGCGCCCUACGGGAAACCAGCGAGGAGAGACCCUGGCUGGGUACAGUGAGUGUCAAUGAAGGGAGGGACUCAGGGCUGGCACAACUGCUAAGCCACCAGCAGGGCCCAGGAAGGCUCCCUGGAGAAGGUGUCCCUUUGGCAAGGUCCAGAAAGAUGAGGAAAACUUAUCUAAGAGAUGUGUUUUCCCAUA